GCUAGUCUCACGGUGAUGGAAGUUGCACAUUUUUUUUCGAAGGGACCGAGAAGUUGCUGGAGGUUUGGUUCUCCAGGCAGCAGCCCGACGCAAAUCAAGGAUCUUCACGCCAUCCCAAGAUCCAAACGGGACAUACUUAUGAAGGAUGUGCAAUGUUCAAUCAUAAGUGUGACAAAAACUGACAAGCAGGAAGCUUAUGUAUUCAGUGCGAGUAGCAUGUUUGUCUCCAAGAGACGUUUCAUUUUGAAGACAUGUGGUACCACCCUCUUGCUGAAAGCACUGGUUCCCCUGUUGAAACUUGCUAGGGAUUACAGUGGGUUUGACUCAAUUCAAAGCUUCUUUUAUUCUCGUAAGAAUUUCAGGAAGCCUUCUCACCAAGGGUACCCACACCAGAAUUUCCAGGAAGAAAUAGAGUUUCUUAAUGCAAUUUUCCCAAAUGGAGCAGCAUAUUGUAUGGGAUGUAUAAAUUCUGACUGUUGGUACUUGUAUACUUUGGAUUUCCCAGAGAGUCAAGUAAUCAAUCAGCCAGAUCAAACCUUGGAAAUUCUGAUGAGUGAGCUUGACCCAGCAGUUAUGGACCAGUUGUACAUGAAAGAUGGUGUUACUGCAAAGGAUGUCACUUGUGAGAGUGGAAUUUGUGACCUGAUACCAGGUUCUGUCAUUGAUGCCACACUGUUUAAUCCUUGUGGGUAUUCGAUGAAUGGAAUGAAAUCGGAUGGAACUUAUUGGACUAUUCACAUCACUCCAGAACCAGAAUUUUCUUAUGUUAGCUUUGAAACAAAAAGUCAGACCUCCUAUGAUGACCUGAUCAGGAAAGUUGUGGAAGUCUUCAAGCCAGGAAAAUUUGUGACCACCCUGUUUGUAAAUCAGAGUUCUAAAUGUUACACUGUGCUUUCUUCACCCCAGAAGAUUGAAGGUUUUAAACGUCUUGAUUGCCAGAGUGCUACCUUCAGUGACUACAAUUUUGUUUUUACCAGUUUUGCUAAGAAGCAGCAACAACUGCAAAGUUGAUUAAGAAAACGAAGAAAAAAACGCAAAAAGAGAACACACAUAGAAGAAGGUGGUGGCUGCUUUUUAGAUACUGAUACCAGGGGCCAUGCUUUCCAUAACCACCACCUUGUAGUUGCAGAAAGUCCUAGAUGUAAUGAUAGUGUAAUCAUUUUGAAUUGUAUCCAUUAUUAUAUCAAGGAGUUAGAUAGCUUACAUGAAUGCUCUCUUCUGUGUUUGGGUAUCCUAUGCCACUCC